AUGGAACGAAAGGCUCCUUUGCCCGAGUCCUACUAUAGCACCUACCGGCAAUACAAAGAAACCAGUACCAAAAUCUUGAAAUGGGUUAUCGACACCGCCAGGGAAAUACGAAACCGAGCCUAUACCCAGUCGAAUACGACCAGACGCCCCCGUGCUCAAGGGAAUAAAUCGAGAAAUGCCCCGAAGAAGGUGCAACCACCGUUGGAUCCGGACCUCUCUUCGUCCAAGUGCUCGUUGGGACUCUUCUUGAAGCUCGUGAAAGAGAUUGCGGACAGUAACUUGGACAUAUCUGCAACAUAUGUCGCUCUCCUCGAGUUGUCAAUAGAACAAAGAAAGGAGAUUGCCGCUUUCUACUCACCUGACGCAGAUGCGGCGGAAGCCAACAAGUCCCACCAGUUUGCAAUCCAUGCCUAUUCGCAGGCCCUCGCCAUUCUGAAGGAAGCUCGAGAGAGGUCUGGAGUCAAGGAGGACGAUGAAGUGAAGGACACACUCGUUCUCGUAGCCACCGACGAUUUCGCUUUGAACGGUGCUAUUCAUCACCUCACCACGAUGAUGGAGGAGGAAGGGUUCUCGGUUUCUGCGCCAGUAGGGUCCGCAGAAAACGAAUGGCUACGCGACAACCCUGCGAUAAACCCUGGAGGCAAGGCGAAGAAACCGUGCUCAUUCCCCUUGGACGAAUACGAGUUGCUACCGGAUAACGAUCUCGACUCCCAAGGGAAGAAGGUCAAACAAGUUCGCGAUGAGUCCCGUGAAGCUCAGAAAUGUUUCCUUAUGGACGUCAAUAACAUACGUAAAUACUGCAACCAGAUUUGGCGCACCGUUGUGCCCAUCGGAACGACUAGCUACGUCGCCGCUUCGUUCGUGACGAACAGGGCCGUGCAGCUCGUCAAGCAGCUGGAGUAUGACCUCGUUGCAGAGUUUCCAGUUUUAGAGGACAAGGACAAGGGCCUCGCGUCGGUCUUUCGACCGUUGCUAUUGGAGAAGCCGCAAGGAAUGACCCAAGAGAUGUUUGACGCCCUCCUGGACCAAACCAUGUUUCACACCUGGACCGCCCUUGAGACCUUCUCCGAGUUGCUGGAGAAGAACAAGCGGCCGCUCCUCCGAGACGGUCACUUCGGAUACUUUGACCCACUAGCCGAUAGAGAGAGGAUGUCACAGCACGACAAGCAGCUGGAGGAUCAUUGCAUAAUGUGCAACCAUUGGCCAGAUCUUAUCCUUGCGAACGAGCUCUCAAAGUCAUGGAUUGGCCGCCGUGGACUUGGACAGGAGUUUUACACUUUCUGCAACAACAAGCCGCGAACUGUCACCUGGGCCUUGAUCUUUUCGUGCCAGAUGCAAGCUGAUGUUGUGCAGGCCCGAAGGCGCCAUCUGCGGUACGAUCUGCAAGUUGCGCGUAACUUGGCCCGAACGGUCGUCAAUGAAUAUUCCUCUUUCUUGUUCGAUGGUGUUUUGUAUGACGACAAUAUGGAUCUGAUUGCAAGACCGCACAUCCGCGAGUCGUUGGAGUCCAUCAAGUUUUGGGUCCUUGGCGACCCACUUCAAGACAUCAAAUAUCGGUACGGAUGGGACAAGCUCAGCAGGCAGGCGUCGCAGAAGGAUUCUCUGUGGCUUCAAAAUCCUUGGCUGACAGCGAACGUGAUCUCCGAAAUGAUGCUGGACUAUUUCUUUUCGUCGACUGCUGUUGUCGGUGCAGGUGGCUUUGUUCAGAGCACCAUUCAGCUGUGGAACAUGUUGAAGCAGACAGGAUACCUCACAUUUGCGCCCUCUUCAAGCAUCGUCGGCCAGGACACCUCGUCUAACAAGGAACACGCACUUUUGUUCGAUCACCUUAUGGACGUGCUUGGCGAUAAGGUUUUCUCUGGUCCUCCUCCGAAGUCCAAUUUCUUGAAGCAGUGGGAUAUCAUGAUGGGCGUACGCCCAGAGGAAUUUGCGCAAGGAAAGAGACAGUACAAAAAGAACGCCUCCGAUUCCAGGCGAAUCAGGGCACAUAACGAGGCUGGCCGGGGUAUAACUCCGGAGGUCAGCGAUGCAUGGGCUUUACACGAGGCAGACUACUUUGCAAGCACUCUCACCUCCUCUGUCCAGAGAAAACGCAUUGACCAGGCCGAAAAUAAGCAUAAUCAUCCCCUGGCAGCGAUGCUUGAUCUCGUCAACACAGAACUCGGAGAACCGACCCCCCCUGCGCCCGUUAGCCGUCCGGCCGCCCACACCGCACAAACUGUCUCCACGGGCCUGCGACGGGGCCCAUUGCUCAACUUGAACUUCCUCAAGGUGCACAGUCUGUGUGUCCGUAUCUUCACGGCCCUGGAGCCCGUCCUUCGCCCAGAGAUAGAGCAGCGUGUUUUGGGACAACCGAUAAACCACACACAGAUUAAUUGGCCAUAUUUGACUGGUUGGAUUGCGCGUUCGGAGCAGGUGCCGCAGAAUGGGGGAUUGCCUGACAGGGUUCUCCUCGAGAAGGCAGCAGAUGUAGUCAAAAGGCUAGCAGGCGAGGAAAUGGUUGAGGACUAUCUUCUGCGCGAAGUCGCAGAUGAGAGUUUCAUUUUGUGA